AAUUUGCAACUUGCCAAUUGCGAGUAAUAAACAAACGCUUGUUGCGCCAUUUGCUAAUAAGACAUUUACGGUUGGUUAUUAAAUUUUAGCAGCUUAUCUUCCAAUUAUAAAUGCUGAUAUUAACAAUAUGAGUGACGAUAUUGUCGACGAAAUUUCCGAGUUCCUAAGCUCUCUAACGCUUGGCAGGAUUGCCAUUUCAGAACAUAUUCCCGUUGUUGUGAGGAAAGGUGGCAUGGCCAAAAAAUUGGAGCGUGCAGCGCCCUACAACAUGUUCCUCACAGCCAUCACAGACUCGAAGACCACACACCACGAGCCCCUAACCAUAACGAUGCAGGAAAUCUUCGAUGAAAGUCUGGGUGAAAUCGAGUCGAGUGUGCAAGUCAAUUUUGAAAUAGAUAUUAACUGGCUAUUGGCUCACCAUCAUUAUGCGGGAAUACUUGAAAAACCGCUGCUAAUUCUCUACGGCACAGAAACGCCCGAAUUGCUGAAGAUUGGAGAACUAAAGCCUCAAAUAACCGCAAUUCAAAUUAAAAUGACAUCACAAUAUGCCGCAUCGCACGCAAAAAUAAUGUUGCUCGGUUAUGCGGAUGGAUCGAUGCGAAUUGUCAUUGGAACAUCCAAUUUGAAUGGCGAUGAUUGGCACAAUCGGACGCAGAACUUGUGGAUGAGUCCACUACUGCCGGCAUUGGCCGAGGAUGCAGCCGCAACUGCUGGUGAAAGUGCCACAGGAUUCAAAGUAGAUUUAAUUCAGUUACUCUUAGACUACAAGGUAACACAGUUGAAUGCAUGGAUAGAACGCAUACGCAAAAGUGAUUUAAGCGCCAUCAACGUAUUUCUUAUACCAUCCGUUCCUGGUGAGCAUACGGACUGGAGACGUGUUUGGGGCUGUGAUCGUCUAGGUUUAGUGUUGUCAAAGCACGUUGCACCCAUUAAUGAUAGUAUUCCCGUUGUCUGCCAGAGCUCCAGCAUCGGCAGCUGUCCCAGUGUGAGUGGCUGGGUACAGCGAGAUUUGAUCCGAAAUCUACGUAAGACUUCAGCGCCCGUUAGUCGUUAUAGUCAAAGCUUUGUGCCCUUCAAGAUGAUUCAUCCCAGCCUUCGCAAUGUGAUUGGCAGUCACGACGGCAUGAUGGGUGCGUGUAGUCCCUAUCCAAAAGAGUUUAACGAUAGACAGCCCUGGCUUAAGGAUCAUCUGCUGCAGUGGAAAUCCGAUGCUCGACAUCGCUCACAGGCCAUGCCACAUAACAAGUGCUAUGCGCGCUUUAAUGAGGAUCAGCAGUGUCUCUAUUGGUUUCUACUGACUUCGGCGAAUGUAUCAAAGGCUGCCUGGGGCGUUUCUAAUCGAUUUAGCAUACUGCGUAUUUCCAACUAUGAAGCGGGUGUUCUCUUUUUGCCAAGAUUUGUGACUGGCGAAGAAACUUUUCCCUUGGGCAAUUCACGGAGUGGUGUUCCAGCUUUUCCUAUGCCUUACGAUGUUCCAUUGACGCCAUAUGAACCUGAUGAUGUGCCAUAUGUAGGGGAACAUAAACUGGCAUGGUAUCUACAAAAUGUUGCAAGCAUUGAAAACUGAAAGUAUCAGAAUUUGUAUUUAACAUAAAAUAUCAACUUGUUUUUAAAGAUGU